ACCCUAGAACCAUAAUAUGCGUAAAUUUUACGCAUAUACAAUUUUCAAAUUGUGUUUGCACAAGUGUGCCAUGACGUAACGGUACCCAGCGCCGGCAGUGCUUGUAGCAAUUAGUUUUAUAUAUGCAGGAAUGAGAAAACCCAGCAAAUGUGGUCAUUUGAAGGUUUGAGAGCAAGUGCAGCACAAGUCUAUGCGUAAAAUUUACGCAUUGUUGGUAAUAAGUGGAAUAAUUAUUCGUAAUAAAAGUAUACAACUGUUGUGCAAAUUUUAUGUAGGCUUGUUUUCACUGACGAAAUGGCAGCUGGAAAACCGUGUUUUUCAAAACAAAAAUUUGAUGAUGACGAUAUAGAGGUUAUUCUGCAUGAUGAAGAUUUUAGUGAUAUCAGUGGAGAUGGAGAAGAGGAAAAUGAAGAUUUCGAUAGCGAUGAUAGUUUGGCCGAUAUGAGCUAUUUUCCUGAUCCAAUUGAUGAAGCAGAAAAAGAACUAGAAGUUGUCUGGUCUGAAAAAAGAAAAACAGCAACAGCAUUGGAGGGGAAUAAGCAGACAAAAAUAAAACGUAAAACUUUAACAUUGCCAAAUUUGGAACAAGAGUUGGAUAACCAACUUGCGGAAAUUGGGGAAAAUAGUCAAAUUUUGGGCAAAAACGGUCACAUUUGGAAUAAUUUUCCAAUAAAACGUGAAUACGGUAAAUGCGCAGCACGAAAUAUUAUAUACAUUCGGCCAGGACCAUCGGGUAACGCCAAAGAAGCCAUGGAACCAAGCGAUGCAUUUAAACUGUUUAUUAGUGACGAGAUAUUGAAUAUUGUUUUAUACCAUACAAAUGCCAAAAUUUCUCAACUAAGAAAUAAAUAUCAAUCAAGAAAUGCCACGGUUUCAAAUACAACUCUUAUGGAAUUGAAAGCCUUGUUGGGUUUGCUGUAUUUGUCUGCUGUUUUGAAGAGCAACCAUCUAUCAACUGAUAUCUUGUUUGACACUUCUUAUUCGGGCGAUCGAUAUAGAGCGACAAUGAGUAGACAUAGAUUCGAGUUUCUUCUAAACUCACUUCGUUUCGACGAUAUGACUACAAGAGAAGAGCGGAAGAAAAAGUCUUCAUUUGCGCCAAUUUCUGAAAUUUGGGAUAUUUUUGUUGAUAGUUGUACAAAGAAUUUUAAGCCUGGUUCCUAUGUAACCGUCGAUGAGCAACUUGUUGGUUUUCGAGGUAGAUGCCCAUUUAGGAUGUAUAUUCCGGACAAACCAAAUAAAUUCGGAAUAAAAAUUGUAAUGGUCUGCGAUGUCGCUACAAAAUACGUUAUUAACGCAGAGCCGUAUCUCGGAAAGUCUACUAAUACACAAGGAAAACAACUAGCCAAUUACUUUGUUGAAGGACUGACGAAACCUUUGCAUGGAAGUAACCGGAAUAUAAAAAUGGACAACUGGUUUACGAGCAUCCCUUUGGCAACAAAACUGUUAAGUAAUCCCUACAGUAUGACAAUUGUUGGCACACUACGUAAAAAUAAAGCUGAAAUACCACCGGAAUUACUUGACACUAAGUCACGGCAGUGUGGCUCAUCCCGAUUCGUUUACAAUGAGAAUAUGACUUUAGUGUCAUUCCAGCCAAAAUAA